AUGGCGGAGCUCAAGGACCAGGUCGAGGCGGAGAUGACGCGCUACCGGGCGCUGCAGGACGAGGUGCAAGUGCUGGCGACGCAGCGGCAGACGUACGCGCAGCAGGCCAACGAGAACGACAUGGUCAAGAAGGAGCUGGACCUGCUGGACGACGAGACCAAGGUCUACAAGCUCGUGGGCCCCGUGCUGCUCAAGCAGGACGUGGACGAGGCCAAGACCAACGUCAACAAGCGCCUCGAGUUCAUCAACAACGAGCUGAGCAAGGUGAACUCCAAGAUCGAGGCCAAGGAGAAGGAGGCCAUCGGCAUCCGGACCAACAUCUCGAACAUGCAGAUGGAGAUGCAGAAGCGCGCCGCGGAGGCUGCCAAGGGCGCGGUCGCGGCACAUUAG